GAUCGGCGACUAUCAGUUGGUCACAAAGAGAAUUCGUUCUGGCCGUAAAAUCAGGCAGCAACCCAUCCAUCCAAUCGAUUUCGAGCUGCUGUAAUCAAUUCAACCUGCGCAGCGACUAUAAAAGGUGGCAUUGCCCAAUUGGCUCGGCUGGUUUCGCCAAAGUAUGUGUAUCAGGUGUGACGUUGAUAUGGCGAUACCUGAACUUAAACUGAUCGGAGUUGUUCUCUUCUUGGUAGCCGGUCUAGAGGCUCAGGAAACCCCUGUCACUGCGACUGAGUCAGCACCAACCACAGAAUUGACGGGGGAAACUUCUACAGUGACCACCGCAGAAACCACCAUACCUGAUGAGUCCACGAUAACUGAAUCUACCAAGCAACCCGUAAAAGUUCCAGAAAAUGCAGGAGACCCAUUUGUCAAGCCAGGAAAACAUAGACCAGGUCUACGUCACGUUCGAGCCCACGAUGGCUUCCACAAUUUGAAGACGGAGAAGUAUUGGGCCCACUGGAACGACGCCUUCACAUCAGCUCUUAUGACCCCUUGAAAAUCGUGCCUUUGUGACUUAUUUUCUUAUAUUAUUCUAAUAAAACAAAAUCCAGGACACGAGUCAAGAGUUCAA